GUUGACCCAGAAACAUUAGUGUACGAGCGCUCUCCCAAUUAACAGGACUUAUACAAAUUCGCUAUGUAUUUGUUUUUAAUUUGAGUAAUACAAACUACAUUUGAUACUAGACAUAUUCGGAACUGAAGGCGUCUAUUUUUGUGCUUAGUCACUUCUGAUACAGGUAGAAGACAGUUUUGCACAGCUCCCGAUUCACUCAUUGCAGUCUUCUGUUAUCCAGCACAAGUUUAUCUGCGGAUGAUGGAAAUAAAAGAGGUGUGUUCACUGCCAGGUCAUGAAGAGGUUGCUUGGGGAGUUGCCUGGAAUCCUUCUGGAACACUCUUAGCGUCAGCAGGCAGCGACAAGGUUGUUCGCAUUUGGGCACAAGAAGGCGACAAAUGGGUUUGCAAGUCAGUAUUAGCUGAUGCACAUGCGCGUACGGUCCGUGCUGUUUGCUGGUCUCCAUGUGGUAAUUACUUAGCCAGUGCCAGCUUUGAUGCCACAACAUCUAUUUGGAGCAGAAAAGGUGGGGAGUUUGAGUGCAUUGCAACACUUGAAGGUCAUGAAAACGAGGUCAAGAGUGUAUCCUGGUCAAGUUCUGGAAGUCUCCUGGCCACUUGCAGUCGAGACAAAAGUGUCUGGAUUUGGGAAGUGAAUGACACAGAAGAAUAUGAAUGUGCAAGUGUUUUAUCAGCCCAUGUGCAGGAUGUCAAGCAAGUGCGAUGGCACCCAACCAAGGAAUUGUUAGCUUCAUGCAGUUAUGAUGACACAAUCAAGAUGUUUAAGGAAGAUAAUGAUGACUGGUGCUGCUUUACAACAUUGAAAUCACACACUUCAACGGUGUGGAGCAUAGCCUUUGACAAGACAGGUAGUCGGUUAGCUUCAUGUUCAGAUGACAAAACUGUGAAGAUUUGGCAGGAGUAUCUCCCAGGUAACCCAGAGGGUAUUGCUACCAAAGAUAAUGAACCAGUGUGGAAGUGUGUGUGCACUUUGGGUGGCUAUCAUAACAGAGCUAUAUAUGCCAUUGAUUGGAAUCACAGGACAGGAGACAUUGUCACAGCUGAUGGUGACAAUUAUAUUCGAAUAUUUCGUGAAAAUGAAUGCUCGGAUAAAAAUGCACCCACUUUUGACUUGGUGGCAUCUGUGAGACAGGCACACACCCAAGAUGUUAAUUCUGUCUCUUGGAACCCUGUAGCAGAUCUCUUGGCCUCUUGUAGUGAUGAUGGAAGCGUAAAGAUCUGGAGGAUUGUCACAACACAGUGAACAGUUUGCUGCGGGAGAGAAUUUCUCAGGAGAUCCAGCUCCCUGGUUAGACGAUAUUUAAUAUUUCUAAGAGACUGGACGUAAUGAAAGCUAUCAAAUUCUAUUUCAAUCCGUUAAAUUGUGCAUCCAUUGAGAUCAUUGGAAGAGUAAAAAUUUGUAUUUGUGAUAGCCAGAAUGUGACAAUGUUAUCAUUUUUUUUAUGCAGCUUUUGUGAAUUUGAUAGGAAUAAACCACUGUAAUGAAAAAGCAUGUAAAGAGCAUGUCAAAAUGAGAACUGCAGUUUCAUUAACAUUAUAUUCUACUUAUCUUUAAACAGGAAUGCUGUCUUUUGGGUUGAUUGGGUAGAGCUUUCAUGAAACGAUGUGGUGAAAGGAGAUUAAUAUCAAACCAAAUCUGUUGCUAAUAGUAAUUUUGUGUUAUGGCUUGUUAAGCUUUUUCUUUAUAUAGAUUUUUAAAGAUUUAAAAAAAGGAAUUUGCCUCAGAGUUGUUUUUUUCCCAAAGAAAAGAACAUGAAAGUUUUCCAAGAGGGUCUGUUCUCUGCAAAAUUUCAUGUAAACGGAACAUUUUUGUUUGUUUUGUUUGGGGUUUGUUUUGGUUUGGGUUUUUUUUUUUUGCAAGUGUUUGAGACAUUUGUGCAUGAUAUACCUAGCUGAUUUGCAUAACUUACAUGGUGUAUCAUUAAUGCAUGUGUAAGAGGCAUGUAAAUAAAGUUAUUUUUGCUACAUA